CACACACACACACACACAGACACAGAGACAAACACACAGACAGAUACGUUCAGAGACACACGCACUCGGGGGGACACACUCCCAAACACACAGUAAAGAGAAAUGUCCCACAUUGGCAGAAGCAGCGCUUCCUUUUACAACAACAACAACAACAACCACGACGACGAUGGCGGAGAGGGGGGGGGCGAUGGCUGUUACCCCGAGAGCCUGGUGGACCUCAGCUCUUACCUCGAGCCGAACCCCCCUCUACAAUCCAUCAACCUGCACCCCCACAUCACCGACGAGCCCCUGGGCUACUCGGCUUCCAAAAACCCCUUUCACUACCUGCCUGCCCCCCAAGCACACGGCCAGCUGGUGGGACACCACUACCCGGGGUCCAGCUUCGAGGAGAUGCUCCCCCGUAUGGGGGUGAUAGUGACAGAGGGGGCGCAGGGAGGAGGAGGAGACGGCAAGGGCCAGGACGGGGCCCGGGGGCCUCUUGCUGCCCCGCACCAGGGCCAAGUCGGAGGGUAUUUGCCCCCCCAGCAGAGUCAGCCGUACCAGCUGCCCCGCUCUCACUGCGUGCCGACGGAAGGCGGUCUCAGCGCCUCCACGUCGCCCCCCGGUGCCAGCGCGCAGCUGCGGCUCCUCAGGGCUUCUUCAAUGAAGGACAUGCCGUCAAGCACCCCCUACCCCAAACACAAGAAAACCCUGAAGAAGGAUUCCAUGGAAUACCGACUGAGGCGAGAGAGGAAUAAUAUCGCAGUGCGCAAGAGCCGAGACAAAGCCAAGCGCAGGACGCUGGAGACCCAGCAGAGGGCGCUAGAGUACAUGGCCGAGAACCAGCAGCUGAGGGAGAAAGUGGACAGGCUGAGCCAGCAACUGGAAACGCUGCACAGCUUCCUCAGAGACCUGCCCCCAGAGUUCAAACGCGGUACUGAGGCUGUGGGGCUGUAGUGUUUAAUAACUGCGGUACUUCAACUGUAAUAAUAAUAAUAAUAAUAAUAAUAAUAAUAAUAAUAAUAAUAAUCGCAUUACUCAGGAAAAAAACAGCUAUCUUAAAAAAAAACUUCUCAGGAACUCCCCACGGGGGCGCAAAGGACAGUCCAGAUUAUUAAUAAAAAUAAUCUUGCACACACGCCCCCAGAGGUUAGACAAAGUACUGCAACCACUGUGACACCUAGAGCAAAUGUCAAUGACAUUUACCAUCCUGCUGACUCCAGUGAGCUGCGAUUGUGUGAUUAAUAAACAAGCUUCUAUCGUUCU